AUGGUGUUCUAUUUCCACCGCUUCAGUUUCUCCAGUCCAAGUCGAGAAGUUGGAAGGACAGUGGAUAAUACCAGUAAUAAACUCCAAAGGUUCUCUUUCAAAGAGCUUCGUGUUGUGACAAGAGACUUCGACGUCAAAAACAGGUUGGGUGAAGGAUCAUUUGGACAAGUCUACAGAGGAUGCUUAGCCGAUGGUUCUCUUAUCACUGUAAAACAACUGAGAGAGCUUUCUGCAGACUCCGAAAAACAGUAUCAGACAGAAGCGGAAGUGGCAGCCAUUGUUCGCCACCCCAAUAUAUUAAGCCUGAUUGGGUAUUGCAAUAUGAGGAAAGAGCGGUUGUUAGUCUACACCUUCAUGGUCAACUGCAGUCUCGACUUCCUCUUGAGUCGGAAAGCUGUCCGACCCCUCGAUUGGCCAAUCCAGAUGCGGAUAGCAUCGGGAAUCGCGAGGGGGCUGGCUCUCAUACAUGAUCAAUGUCAUCCCAGCAUCACACACCGUGAUUUCAGUUGUUCAAACGCAUUGCUGACUGCGGAAUUCGAGCCCAUAUUGGGAGACUUCGGCUUCGCCAGGAUCAUGCGUGAGAGGGAUAUCGUGGUGGGCUGUGGCCCGGUUUUUGCAGCUGAAGUGGGUAAAUAUCCGCCUUGUUGCCCUCGGAAGGUUGACGUCCAUUUAUGUGGGAACCUGCUUCUUGAUCUCUUCUCAGGACGGCCAUAUCUCGACUUGGAUCGGAGACGGAACGGCUGGGUUAGCACAUGUAUGAACGAGAACGCAUUGGGAAGGGUGGUCGAUCCUCAUUUGCAGGGGAACUAUCCGGCAGAAGAAGCAGAGCGACUUGUCCGAUUGGCAUUAUCAUGUGCGGAAGACAAUCCGUCUGUCCGACCCGAGAUGUCUCAGGUAGUUAGAAUGCUCGAACUCCAAUCGCACAGAGAGGAUCCUGGCAUCAGGAGUAGUCGGAGCAGAUGA